UCAGCGAUGAGGUGUGGACUGCUGCCGAUCUGUCAGGAGGCUAUGAUCUGUGGGGAGAUCACCUACCACGACUACCAGGGCAUCCUCAUCAACCCCGACGAGAAAGAACAGAUCAGAAACGACCUGGGACAAACCAGCAAGGUGAUGUUCCUGAGGAACCAUGGCUUUGUCACGUUGGGAGAGACCAUCGAGGAGGCUUGGUACUACGCAUGGAACUGCAUGAUCGCGUGCGAGACACAGGCGCGAGCCGUCACCGCCGGUCUAGACAACAUCAUCCAGCCGUCGGCCGACGUCGUGCAGAAGGUGAACGAGGUCGGGCGGCAGGGCGGCGGCGGCGUCAACAGCAACCAGGACUCGAUCAAGUGGCGGCCGGGCCAGCUCGAGUUUGAGGCGCACAUGCGGUGGAUGGACGCCACCGGAUACAGGACAGGCUACGUGUACAGGCAGCCCGUAGUGAGAGUAGAGAGAAUAAGGAAGGGCUUUGAGGAUGUGGAGGUUCCACCCAGUGCCAGCUCGUUCCGAUACAUCUUCGACGACGAGGACGGAUCGCUGGACUCUUCGCUGAAGCAAGCGAUGGAGCUCAGGAAGCAGGGAGAGCGAAACAAGUGGAUGAACACGCCCUCCAGCUACGAGAAGGUCGAGUUCGAAGAGACCGGCACUCCGAAUCCAAAGAAGAUCACCAAGUGGAAGGAGGUGGGAGAGGGUGACAGCGACUCUACCGCGCGCGGAACCCCGUUCAAGAUGGACAUCAACCAGUUCGUGCCGCGCGACACAGACCCCAGAGAGUUCAAAAAACUCCAGUCGACGUUGAAGAGUGAGAGGCUGAAGGGAACAAUCACCUCCGGACCACAGUCUAAGAUUCUGGAAGGAACAACAUGGGAAGAGGUGCAGAGGAUGCAGGACGGCACGCUGAGCGGCGCUGACGAUAAGGUAAUUGCGUUCGGCGCGGCGUCGAAGGGCAUCAUCGAGCGCGACCAGCAGCACAACGUGCAGGUCUACCGGCAGUACUACGCCGCGAACCCGUUUGACAAUAUCACCGACGAUGACAUCGCAAAGUACAAGGCCGACAUCGAGAGACGCGAGAGAGCGGGACGUGAGAGGGCGCCACCGUCGCCGCCGCCGCGCGCGGUUGCUCCGCCGCAGCGCGCAGUCACGCCGCCGCCGGACCUUCAGCGUGAGCGUCCGGCGUCCGAUCGCUGGCAGGACGAACGCAAGACCCCGCAACAGAGCGACGCACAGUUCCGCCGCGCUAAGUCGGCGAGAGAGCCCCGGCAGAAGAAACGUGAACCAGAGGUGAAUGGAGAUGCCGAGGAUAAGACUGCAACGAUGCGUUCUACUGACAGUGGUGAAUUAGAGAGUUCGCCAAGCAAGACACCUGGUUCUAAAGAGAAGAAGAAGAAGAAGAAGGGAUUCCAUACACCCUCGUUCUUGAAAGGCAAGAAGAAGGACAAGCAUAAGGAGUAGACCAUUGUCUGACAGUCCACAGUCAGGUCGUUUCGCUCGUUCAAGGGCUGCGGGAUGCUGCGGCCCGGCUGCACGGGAUCGUUAGCCGUCGUCGCCGCUAAUUAACGCAGCUUCUUCAACGACUGUCGUCUAUAGCUUACUGGGUGUCUUUUUGAAACGCGCGACAUCGAUCCGCUGGGACAGCGGCUUCUCUCUCUCGCUCGCGCAAGAAAUCUCGCUAUCUCCGUCUCUCCCCUCCUCCCUCCUCCUUCCCCUCUCGCCGCCGUCGCGCGUGCGCCCGGUGCAAUUUCGCACGGAUGCUUCCACUUGUGCACAUGCUGUCCUGGCGGGAAUAGAAACACGUAUUACGUAUUCGCGAAGCGGUUAACCCUCCGUUUUUACUGCUUUAUCUCUCGCGCGGGGCGGGCGGCCUGCCGGGGCGCGAGCGCUCGUGCGCCCGGCGGCCGUCCGUCGGCUUUUUUUCGAUGAGGAUCGGUAGGUGUCGACGUCGUGACUCAUCUCUGUUGUUUACUCGGUUGCCAUGAUGUCGUAAUCGCGUAUUAUGUUAUGCCACGCGUGCGUCCGAGAGCUAGUAGUUGCCGUGGCAGCGUCUGUGCGUGUAGAGUAGUUCAGCACCUCUACACCAGGUGUCGCCGGUUUGGGUAUAGACUGCCACGCGGUGGUAGGGAUCGGGUUGUGUAGAGAUGGUGAAGCCGCCGUGUGAAGGGAUGAGGUUGAAUGUUUCUGUAUUUUUUAUUGAAUUUUUGGUUGUGUUUCUGCUACGAGAUUGUGCACAAGUUUUUAGAUUUCCAAAGCACAUUCUGUAGCAGAGAAACGUUGUGAGUUAAUAUUGCAAAUACAAUUUAUAAUAAUAAUAAUAAUAUUAAUAAUGACGAUGAUGAGGGAGCCAGAUUUUAAAGGUUUGUGCGCGCAAACGAUGGUGUAUGAAUAUUACCGUAUAUAGAUGCAUGCAUUUUCAGGUAGUUCUGUCGAUCUGUCGCUUUCUCCUUUUCUAUAUCUGUAACGUCGAGUCGGAGUGUACUGCUGCGGAGAACUUGAUUGCAUUUCUGCCGUCGGCACACGUGUCAAUCCUUUGCUUCGCGCAAAAGUUGGGCAGCAUUCACUGAUCUAAGUCGCCAUCAGAUGGCGCCGCGGUCGGCAGCCGAUGCCGUCUGCUGCUAUUAGGCAACUAUCGUAGUGCAAUGAAAGUGGAAGCAAUUGCAUGUUGUAUUCAGAAAUGCAUUUCACGUAAACCCCCCCCCCCUUGUCCCCCGUCCUUUCGCGAGUUUGUUUUCGAAUUUGCAUGGCUAGUGGUAAAUGUGAAGUAGCCCUUUGUCGGGUCAGUAUGCGGUUGUGAAUUUCUCUCUCGCCAUUAAGUGUUUAUGUAAAUCUAUUCUAGUUCGACUACUGCAGCGCAUUCGCCAUAGCAAAGGUUUCGUAAGCUACCCCCUCCACCCCGUUUCCCCCUCCCCCUAUACUUGAUUACGUGUAUGUGAUUUGGUGUCCGGUCUUUAAAAGUGCGCUUUGCAUGAUGCGAGAAUCGAAGCAGGCACAUUUCUUGCUUUUAUGGGGCAAGACCUAGGUUAGUGUGAGUCGUAGAUGUAACUCUGGCCGUAAGCGUCUCACGACGUUCUUAGACCUGUACAUGUAUUCUGGAAGAUGUUUUUAAUUCAAACAAAAAAAGCUCGAUCGAAGUGAAAACACGAAAUGAAACCGAAGAGCGAAAAGUUUGUUUCUUGUUUGUUUUUAAGCUGCUAGAUUUAUAAUUUUGUUAUGAUUGCAGAGGAUGAGGUAACUAGGAUGCAGCGAUGAUGAUGAUGAUGAUGAUGAUGAUGAUGAUGAUGAUGAUGAUGAUGAUAAAUGAUACUUGCUGUAGAAUGUAGUUCUGUAUAUUAGGAAUCUUAUGGUAACUGCUAAUCGAGACGUAGCCAAGGCGUGGGAAAAGUGGUGAUGCCUGCUCUCCCUCUCUCUGCAGGGCUACGGUGUGACGCGUACAUGUGCACCAGGCCUACGCCACCUCCCCCCUCUUUCGGCACACUGCCGACAGUUCUAGCAGUUCUCGACAUGUGCCGGUUUUUUUUUUUUGAUGUGAUGCUUCCACAAGCAUUUCCUUAAAAAGAAGGAGCGAACGUGUGCGCAGGUUGUACGAGGGUUUUGGAUCGUAGAUUCACGUGUAAUGUCGGGCGUGGUCGCAGACUUAAAAGUGCACGUUAAAAUCUUUUAACACGUGAAUGUACUCAACGUCGGUGCUGCACACCGAACAAUCGGAAAUCGUGAGUGGGAGAGAAAAAAAUACGAAGGCGAACGGUUUUUUUGGAAUGCACGUACUUUUACUAAGCAUGCAUCGCAGCAUGAGUCAAAUCAUUAGUGUCGUCAUUAAGGAAAUUGUCAAAAAAACGCGCUGUGUGAACAAGCAAACCAUCUAUGUGCGGUGUGAAUAAAAAAUCAACAUUCAUAUAAAA